AUGGAAAAGAAAACUCAAUCAAGCGUGCGAGUCGCCGUGAUUUCUGCGCCUAACUACGAGAGAUAUAUUGUGGGCCGGGCCUCGUCAUUAGCCGCGAGACGCCGCAUUGCCCACACAGCGAGGAAACAACCUCUGCGUAACUUUUCAUAUUCGUCACCUCCCGGCGUAUUCUGUAACAAUGCUUCUUGGAUACAGUAUCCUGGAGGUGGAGGGCAAGUCAGAAGUGAUGUCAGGCCACAUCCAGGUUCUGCUGCGAAUCUUCCACUCCUGCAAGCACACAUAGUUACCCGUAAUUAUGACUGCAUGGCUACCGCGCAACGUGUCGCGGCAUCAUUCUGUAACAUCUUCCUGGAAAGAAGAAAGAAAGAAAGAAAGAAAGAAAGAAAGAAAGAAAGAAAGAAAGAAAGAAAGAAAGAAAGAAAGAAAGAAAGAAAGAAAGAAAGAAAGAAAGAAAGAAAGAAAGAAAGAAAGAAAGAAAGAAAGAAAGAAAGAAAGAAAGAAAGAAAGAAAGAAAGAAAGAAAGAAAGAAAGAAAGAAAGAAAGAAAGAAAGAAAGAAAGAAAGAAAGAAAGAAAGAAAGAAAGAAAGAAAGAAAGAAAGAAAGAAAGAAAGAAAGAAAGAAAGAAAGAAAGAAAGAAAGAAAGAAAGAAAGAAAGAAAGAAAGAAAGAAAGAAAGAAGAAAGAAAGAAAGAAAGAAAGAAAGAAAGAAAGAAAGAAAGAAAGAAAGAAAGAAAGAAAGAAAGAAAGAAAGAAAGAAAGAAAGAAAGAAAGAAAGAAAGAAGAAAAUAAAGAAUGUUGGACGUUUACUAACAACCCGUUCCUUCUCCAGUCGCGGUAUAGCACAGUACAUGUGAUGCUCGCGCGUCCUAAGUAUGAAGACCCAUAUAGUUUGCUAUAG